AUGGCCAAGUCACUGCCUUCGUGCACUUGGAAAAACGGCUAUCUCGCUCCUGCUGACCACGAGGCUAUCUGGAGUCAGCAACAAUACUUUACGGGCCCUAAAGGAGAGCCAUCCCACUAUAGUAUUCAGCCAGAGAAUGAUGAGUUCACGUCUACCGCCGUGAAUUCCUACGGGCGGAGCCGGCUUCGUACGUGGCCGGCACUAUAUAAUGGCACUCUUGCACCUGGAGGGCCACCGAGCUGGUGGGAUCCGGCGCAAGAGGUGGACGUUAUCAUAUGUGGCGCCGGCCCUUUUGGGCUCGAAAUGGCCAUGAAUCUGGCCAGGCAAGGCAUCAGCUUCCGCAUUGUCGAUAAGUCCGAACGGCCGUGCCUCUCAGGGAGAGCAGACGGCCUGCAGCCGAGGGGGCUCGAGUACCUCGAGUCGUGGGGUGUCGGAACCGAGGGGGCGGAAGAGGGUCCGAUCCUCAACUCGACGGUGCUGUACCGCAACGGUGAGAAGCUCUUGCACAGCUGGUCUAGGCAGUGCGACUCGCGCUACAAGGGCGUCCACGUAAUCACUCAGGGUCAGGUUGAGAAGAUCUACGUCCGCGACCUGCUGCGGCAUAGGGCCGUAGUCGAGCGGUGCGCCACAGUGGAGAGCUUUAAGGUACAGGAAGGCCAGGGCUCAGAUUACCCGGUCUCUGCAAUUAUAAAAAACCUCAAAUCUGGGAAGACGGAGAAUGUCCGCGCCAAGUAUCUUAUCGGGGCUGAUGGGGCGUCCAGCAAGAUCCGCAAGACCCUGGGUAUUCCGUUUGAUGGACUAGCGACGAGCUGCUUCUGGGCUAUUAUGGACUGCGAGUUUAAGACGGAUUAUCCUCAUAUUCUUGGAUUCAACUAUCUUAGCCACUCAGAGUACGGAGGUUGUAUCGUUAUUCCGCGAGAGCAGGGCCAGACGCGGUUCUAUGUCCAAAUCACGGGGGCGAAGGCCGAGAAGGUAGAGGCUGCCAGGAAGGUCUCCCGAAGAAGCAACGAUUCCGCUGUGGGAGAAACACAGAUCCACGACCAUGGAAUCACUCCGGACGAGGUCCUUGAGCACUUGAACAAGAUUAUGGCUCCCUGGAAAGUUGAGUUUGCUUCGGCGAUGAGUUGGUUUGCUCUCUGGCGAGUGAAUGAAAGAGUGGCGAGGACUUAUUCGAGCCAAGAUGGGCGCGUGUGGAUUGGAGGCGACGCGGCCCACGUCCACAGCACCAUGGGCGCAUUCGGCCUCAACUCGUCGAUCUACGACGCAGCCAACCUGGGGUGGAAGCUGGGGCUCAGCAUCCGCGGCCAUGCCCGGCCGGACGUGCUACUGCCCACCUACGACUGCGAGCGGCGCCUGUACGCAAACCGCGUGAUCCGUACCUCGGGGGCCAACUUACGCUUCAUCUGCAACCUGAAGCUCCCCCUCGCCCAGCUGCGCGGGCUAGGCGACGAGCUCGACGCUGACGACGUGGCCCUGCCUGAGCUCGACGGGACGGUAGAGGCGGACCGUCGGUUCGUGAGCUACUUCUACCGCCGCAACGCGUUUUUCCUGAUGGGUGUAGAGGGCCCCACGGUUGUCUCUGCCAUAUGCCCCGAGAUGGGCAAGGGGCCGUCGGCGUCUGAGCCCGCGGCGCGGUCGUCUUUGCAUCCCACGACCGUGGCAAACGGUGUCCGCGCGCCGAGCCCUCGAGUAUGUCUCGAGACAAACCGCACGGGAUAUCUCUAUGACCGCAUGCGCGGCGUCGGCCGGUUCCACAUCUUGGUAUUUGCCUCUGACCUCCGCGGGCCAGCGCGGGAGCGCCUGGCGCAUCUGUGCCAGUUCGGGCUCGGCGAUGGACCCUCCGGGUUUUGGGCACGCUUCGGCGGGAGUGACAGGUUCAACCUACUCCUCAUCACCAAGGCCCUUCCACACGAGUCUCGGCAGCUAUUGCUCGGGGGCAGUGGUCAUCUUGUAAACGGCAACACAGCCAGACCAAGGCUGACGAGACUAGCAGACCUGGCGACUAUGGUCUACGAUGAUCGUGCGCCGGACGAGGACGCGCAUUACACCUAUGGUAUCAAUCACGCUCGUGGCGCUGUCAUCGUUGUUCGGCCUGAUCUAAUGAUUGGAAUGAGCGCAUGGCCGGAGGACUCGGAGAGCAUCAAGGGGUACUUUACUGGGUUCUUGAAUGAGGUCAAUGCGCAGUAA